GCCUCAGCGGAGACUAUCCGAACGAAGUUAAUUGCACACAAUUUAUCGAAAGAGCUAUGAUUAAGUAUAGGUAUCAGGGAGAUACAAACGACGGGCUUGUUAUUUGCACUUGUUGAGAAGGAGCUGCGAAAACUCCCUGACAACACACUGGCUGGCUUGAGAAGUUUGGAGUCUGCGCCUUGGUUAAAGUACCUGGGUCGGGAUGCACUGCUGGAGAUAAACUCUGCAGAACGGUGGACGCGGAAGUUUGACAAAUAAUUGAAUACCAAGGGUUGGGUGGACAUUUAGCCAAAACUUCAUUAAUGUUGUCACUAUUGACUCAAACGAGACGACAACGUACUCAGUCCGAAGUUAUCGUUGGUUAUUAGCAAGUUAGCUAGUUAGACAGAUGUUGACUGUUCCGAUGUGUGUUUCCAGGUUCUCGAACGCCAUCUAGCAAGCAAGGCUAGCUCCACGGUUAGCCGUAACUAGCAUUCCAACAAACAGUGUUGCACGAGCACUCCUGCAUCUUCAAAGCUACUGAAUAACAUUAUUCAGUUGUCUGCAAACUAGCACAUUGAAUGAGUGUUUAAACCUUUUAUAUUAGCCACUGGCUUUACCAGAAAGCUAUCAUCUAAGUAAUGCGAACUAGUUAAGUUUCCCAUGAUUGCUCAUCAAACACAGUUUAGCCCGUACUAGUGCCUUUUGUCAUGUCUAAGUGUGGCCUGAAAAGCACGAGAGAUGGCCGCAGAGGGAUAUGACAGCAAAACGAGCUAAAUGUCAAAUAUACAUUUUAAGGCCUGUCAAAUGAGUGGAUUGCAUGGAGUUGAAAACCAAUACGUUUGUUAAAGGGCACCAUGAGAAAACAUAUCUAGUUAUUGUAGUCUAGGAGGAAGUUGCCACAGGGCCAUGUGCAGUAUUGACAUGAUCACAACUGUUGUACAACAUGUAGCCGGUAUUUGACUAGGCAAGUGUUAUAUGACCAGUGUCUGCAGAGAUAUUGUAUUGGGACGACCAGGAUUGGUGCCUGAAGCUGUCUACCGCGGUUGCUAACUCUAUGAACCAUUUUACCAGAUAUGGAACUGAGGUUUCUCAGCUCAGCUGGUAAAUGUAGGAAUUGUGCCUUUUCUAGGAUUCUGUGUAGUUCCCCAUCUUGAUAGUAGCUUUCUCAGUUGUUCUCGAGUCCUCUUUACUUUUAAAGCAACCAUGUCAAUGGAGCACAGUAGUGGCUUAGGCCUGCAUUAUGUUAUUUCAUGCUGGAUGAAUGUAAGUCAUCACGAUUAGUCCUUAGAUCAACAUUAAUGUCUUUUGAUUGGGCCUCCAGUAUUCUUCUGACUGCCUUUGUCUUACAAAUAAAAUCCACAAGUGCCAUUAGAGACCUUCUCUAACAGUAACGGAAACAACCAAAGCAGUCAAUGCAUGAUAAAGAGGGAGGAAUUUGAGUAAUAAGGACCAGCCUGCCCAUUCGCCAUUGCAUUGCCCUCCAUCCAGAACUCCUGCAUUGGUGUCAGUGGUGGGAUGCACAAGUGAGCAUCUCCCGCCGCCUCCACUUUCCAGUCAUCACCGCACCAGGAGAGGUAAAACUGACUGAGGGAAAUCGCACCACGGAGGGGGUCCCUGCUCUCCAUCUUCUACCCAUCAGGUUCCCUACACCCAGGUGGUGAGAGAGCCCAGUUUGGUGACCCGGCUGCGGCCUGGCACCCUGCCCUUAUGGGGCAGCAGCCGGGGAAAUUUGUUGGGGACCAGAGGAGACCGAGUCUGCCAGCGCUGAAUUUCAUCAAGGGAGGGAAGAGGGAGUCAUCACGGCAUGGAGCCCAUCACUGUAACGUGUUCGCUGUGCAUGAAGCUCUCCAGAGACCAGACUUUGAGCCCCAGGGUCUGACCGAAGCGGCCCGCUGGAACUCAAAAGAGAACCUGUUGGCCGGACCCAGCGAGAAUGACCCCAACUUGUUUGUUGCUCUUUAUGACUUUGUGGCCAGUGGGGACAACACUCUCAGCAUAACUAAAGGAGAGAAGCUGCGAGUUUUGGGUUAUAACCAUAAUGGGGAGUGGUGCGAGGCGCAGACCAACCACGGCCAGGGCUGGGUGCCCAGUAACUACAUCACCCCGGUCAACAGCCUGGAGAAGCACAGCUGGUACCAUGGGCCUGUGUCGCGCAACGCAGCAGAGUACCUGCUCAGCUCUGGUAUCAACGGCAGCUUCCUGGUCAGGGAGAGCGAGAGCAGCCCCGGGCAGAGGUCUAUCUCACUGCGCUACGAGGGACGAGUCUACCACUACAGGAUCAACACAGCCUCCGACGGGAAGCUAUACGUGUCAUCUGAGAGUCGUUUCAACACCCUGGCAGAGCUGGUGCACCACCACUCCACGGUGGCUGACGGCCUCAUCACCACGCUGCACUACCCAGCGCCCAAACGCAACAAGCCCACCAUCUACGGCGUGUCACCCAACUAUGACAAGUGGGAGAUGGAGCGCACCGACAUCACCAUGAAGCACAAGCUGGGAGGAGGGCAGUAUGGAGAGGUCUACGAGGGGAUCUGGAAGAAGUACAGCCUCACCGUGGCCGUCAAGACCCUCAAGGAGGACACCAUGGAGGUGGAGGAGUUCCUAAAGGAGGCUGCUGUCAUGAAGGAGAUCAAACACCCCAACCUGGUACAGCUACUGGGCGUGUGCACGCGGGAGCCCCCGUUCUACAUCAUCACAGAGUUCAUGACCCAUGGCAACCUGCUGGACUACCUGAGGGAGUGUAACAGGGAGGAGGUGAACGCUGUGGUGCUGCUCUACAUGGCCACGCAGAUCUCCUCCGCUAUGGAGUACCUGGAGAGGAAGAACUUCAUCCACAGGGACCUAGCAGCCCGUAACUGUCUGGUAGGGGAGAACCACCUGGUGAAGGUGGCAGACUUUGGACUGAGCAGGCUGAUGACGGGGGACACGUACACGGCCCACGCUGGGGCCAAGUUCCCCAUCAAGUGGACUGCCCCGGAGAGCCUGGCCUACAACAAGUUCUCCAUCAAAUCUGACGUCUGGGCGUUUGGAGUGUUGCUAUGGGAGAUCGCCACCUAUGGGAUGUCUCCGUACCCUGGCAUAGACCUCUCCCAGGUGUAUGAGCUCCUAGAGAAGGACUACCGCAUGGACCGGCCGGAGGGCUGCCCAGAGAAGGUCUACCAGCUCAUGAGGGCCUGCUGGAAGUGGAACCCUGCGGAACGGCCCUCCUUUGCAGAGACCCACCAGGCCUUUGAGACCAUGUUUCAGGAAUCCAGCAUCUCUGACGAGGUGGAGAAGGAGCUGGGGAAGAAAGGGAAGAAGGUGACACUGGGCCCCAUCCAACAGGCUCCACAGCUGCCCACCAAGACCAGGACUCUCCGUAGGAAUGUGGACAGAGAUGGAGACAGCCCCGACGCCGUGGAGCCGGAGGUGGCUGUGUCCCCCAUGCUCCCAAGGAAAGAGCGUCCGUUCCUGGACAGCAACCUGAACGAGGACGACCGCCUCCUGCCCAAAGACAAGGACAAGUCCCGCAACAGCCUCUUCAACCUCAUCAAGAAGAAGAAGAAGACUGCGCCCGCCCCGCCCAAACGCAGCAGCUCUUUCAGGGACAUGGACGGACACGCGGAGAGACUGGGGCUAGCGCCCGACCCCCGAGACGACUUCAACAACGUCUCUUCAGCCUUCAGUGUUACACAUACCAUCGACCCCAGCAAGUUCCCGAGUGCUAACAACAAUGGGGUAGGGGGUAUUACCAACGGGAACCCCACCUACCCAGGCCCCCUGUUUCCCCCGCAUCAUGCCAGGAAGAAAGGUACGCCAGUGGUGCCCAGUGUAGUGGGUAAAACACCCAAUGAGGAGGAUAUAGUCUCUAACUCCAAGCGUUUCCUGCGCUCCUCCUCGGCCUCUAGCAUGCCCCCGGGCUCAGAGCGCACUGAGUGGAAGUCAGUCACGCUGCCACGCGACCUGCAUAAAGGCCACUUUGACUCCGGCACCUUUAGGAGCAAGCCCGCCCUGCCACGCAAGAGGGCCAACGAGAAGCCAGAGAUCAGCGCCCCUCGCAUGGGCACCCUGACCCCCCCGCCCCGCCUGCCCAAGAAGACAGAGGACAUGUCAGAUGAUGUGUUUAAGGACGCUGAGCCCAGCCUCCUGACGCCCAAGCUUGGCAGAAGGCUUCUAGGGUUGGGGGUGGACAGCUCCAAGACCAGCGCCCUGCAGGCCGAGCUGCUCAAGCCCAACGUGUUCCCUGCUUUGGGGGCAGCCGGGGACGAGUGCAGGGCCCGCCGCCACAAACCCAACCUGGACUCCUCCGGCCCCAGGGAGAGAGGCAAGUUCCAGAAGACCAAACCUGCUCCCCCUCCACCCCCCAGUGCCAAGAUCUCCCGCAGCCCCACCCACGAGCUCCCCUCACCCACAGAUGCUAAAGCCAAGGCCUCAGACCCCCACUACCCAUCUAGCUUCAGUGACCAAGUCCGCUCUCCCCUGGAGGCCCACAAGAAACUCAACCUCAACACCACUUCCUCCAAACCACAGCCAUUAAAGACCUCCUCCUCUUCAGUGUCUGGCUCUACCUCCAGCCCCCUGGGCUUCUCCUCCCUCAACUCCCCAGGAGACCAGGCCUCUCCCACGGCCUUUAUCCCCUUGAUGAACACCCGCCGCUCCCUGAGGAAGACACGUGCGCUCCCAGAGCGCCAACCCAACUCGGCCAUCACCAGGGAUAUGGUCCUGGAGGGCACGGAGCAGCUGCGCACCGCCAUCGGACGCAACUCUGAGCAGACAGGCAGCCACAGCGCCGUGCUGGAGGCGGGCAAGAACCUGUCCAAGUACUGCGUCAGCUACGUGGACUCCAUCCAGCAGAUGAGGAACAAGUUUGCCUUCCGCGAGGCCAUCAACAAGCUGGAGAGCAGUCUGCGCGAGCUUCAGAUCUGCCCUGCUUCCACCGGGGGCGCCAGCGGAGCGCAGCAGGACUUCAGCAAGCUGCUCUCGUCUGUCAAAGAGAUCAGUGACAUCGUUCAGAGGUAGCAGAGAGGCCACAUUGACUGGGAUAAAAAGCUGAACCUAACCCCCCCCCUCACUGCAUGUAAUGUUCCAUGGCCGUGUUUCCUCACCGUGGUCGUGCUGAGGUUGAGGGCAGGACAUGUUACAGUGCCACUGGACGGUUUAAGCAUGACGCACACCUCAGAGGAAGACUUUAUUCAGCUUUCCAGGAGGUUGGAGAACACUAAAGACUGGUUACUGUGUUCAAAAUUCAGAAGUUAGUUUUCCUUAACUAUGGAGACCUGGGCCCAAUUCUGCAUCAAUCAUUGUCAAUUAUGACACUAUAGACAAAACGCAUGUCACAUUCUUUCCUUUACUGUCGUGGUUUACAAUGGGAAGUGCACAUUGUCUCUACCUUUUUCCCCUUAGCUUGCUGCCGAUCUCUGAUGUGAAUGGUAAAGAUGUGCGACUGUCAGUAUUGCGCCAUAGAGGAAAGACCACCUGGGAACAUUUUGCAUCUGAAUAAAGUGCCUUAACACGAUGGGGAAUUACUUUGUAAUUCUACUGAAAGCCAAACUAUAAACAGAGCAGUAUGGCCUUACAAAUACUGAACACGGUCUCAAACUAAACUAGAUGGAUCUGAAUGUUUCCAUCAAGAUACACCUUCUGGAGUUGGAUGGCUUGUAAUAAAUGGAGGACAUGCAUCAAUUUGUCUUACUACUUAACAAACCAAUGAAAUCUCACUGUGUAGUCAGGGGGUGACCAAGACGUGUUUCUUUCCUACUUGUCAUUGAAAUAAUGAUUUCAGUUAAAUGUACCUUUGCCCUGUCUGACUGCGAUGCCAUCAACCACAAGCUGCCUUUAUUUCAAUGUUGACUCCUUGUUUUAUUCUUCCCAUAAAAAUCAUGCCACUACUUUCGUUGGAUCCGAGCCGCCUCAACAUUUUAGACUAAUUUUGCUCCUUUGUAAAUAAGCACACUUUCUUUUUCCUCUUCCAUUUGUUCCUCCCUGUAACAUUAAAAUACAAAGCAAUUUGCAACACAA